AUGAAGUGGAUUUUUUAUGUGAUUGUAUUCAUUUAUAUGUUCUAUAGAGCAGUUUACGGAUCAAAAUCAAUACAAAAGGAAACGCGGGGCUUAUCAAUCGAACCUAUAGAUUAUGGACCAGAUAAGGCUUAUUAUAAUGCUGGUGUACGUAAAUCUAUUAUUUGUAAAGGCACCAAUAAGAAUCAAAAGGUAGAAUGGAUAAAUCCUUCAGGAAACGUCGUACAACGGGUAGUAACGAACAGGGUGUUUACUCAGGAACAUUUCGUACCUGCAUUCCGAACUCGUAUACCAGCCAUGGUUCUUGUCAUCAGUCAUGCUAAUGUAGAAGAUACGGGAGUUUGGGAGUGUCGGUCUGGUGCUCUAAAGCGUAAUGUUUCACUUUGUAUUAUAGAUCCAUCUGAAUUUGUGGAUACGCCGACAGAAGUAACAGUAGACCGUGGCCGAUCUAUAACGCUAUCUUGUCAAGCGAAAGGUGAACCAGAACCCAGACUGCUUUGGCAUAGGAAUGGGGAAAUUAUCACAGAGGACGUGAAUCCUUCGAAAUAUCAAGUUAUGACUAAGUACAAUAGCCAAGGGUUCGAAGGUCUCUUGACAAUUACAUCUUUGCAACCAGAAGACAGCGGAGUUUACAAUUGCGAUGCGAUACAAGAAAGUCCUAAUUUAGAUGAUUGUACUGCGAGUACGAGCUUGAAUAUAACUCUACUUGUCAAUUAUGCUCCUAUGUUUGAAGAUGGAAACGAUACAGCUCUGGUCCCGGGGAAGGAAAAUGAAAGCGUGGAUUUAGUUUGCGCCUCAAAUGCACACCCCACACCAAUCUAUAGAUGGUUUAAGGAAGAUGGUGAUAUUUUAUCCGAAUUUUCUAAAGAUGAAAUUAAACUAAUCGAUGACGGAGAGAAAGCUGUUCUCACUUUAGUAGCUAAUGAGUCAACGUUCGGUCAACGAUACCGAUGUAGAUCAAGCAACCUCUACGGAGAGGUUGAUAAAAUUUUCGCCGUCUUAAAAUUAGAGAAACCAAGGAAACCGACUGAGAUAAGUGUUGAAAAUGUUACACACGACUCUAUUCACUUUCAAGUCAAAUGGCAUGGAGAAACACUGUUUCCAGUCGACGAAGUUCUUAUUCAAUACAUGGAAUUCAAAAGUUUAUUAAAAAAGAGAGUAGGUACGCCUAGAGAUGUAGACUGGAAGAAAGCAGAAGAGGCCUUGUUGAAAAUAGAUGGUAAUAAUAUUGUAGAUGGUGAAAGUUCAGAUCUUACACUAACGUUGCCCGAAUUAAAUGAAAAAACUGAAUAUUGGGUUCGCUUUCGUGCCUCAAAUGAAGCUGGUGAUUCUCUCUGGUCAGAACCAAUCCUCGCGUCGACAGUUGAACAGCCUGAAAUCGAAUUAGUCGAAGAAGUUGAUAAUGAACCCGAACCGGUUAAAGCAGCCCAGAUAUCUGACGGAACAUUCUAUGGAAUAUUUUUCGCUGGUGGUAUUUUGGUCGUAGGUAUAGGAUGUAUGUUUGCUAUGCGUAUGGUUUGAGUCUUGUUUUAAUUCCAUUGUAGCGUUAAUAAACACUU